AGAACCGUAACAAUGAAAAAUAAAAUGAGAGAAAAUGGAAACUUGAAGAAGUAGGGAUUGGGUCAGAUCUAUCGUAUCGUUCCAUUUGUUUUGCUCGUCCCAGAUCUUCCUCUGCGGAGGCUCUAUUACUUUUCCCGCAUCUGUGGGUUCUUCGGCGAUGGAGGCCGCUCGAUCUAUGGCGAUUCUACCGUGGAUCGCGUUGGUGUUUUCGUUAUACGCUCUCAGGGGAAAUGGCUUUUACCUCCCCGGCGUCGCGCCCGCGGAUUUCCAAAAGAAAGACCCUCUUCAAGUGAAAGUAAACAAGCUGUCAUCCACAAAAACACAACUGCCAUAUUCCUAUUAUUCACUUCCAUACUGCAUGCCAAAUGUUAUAGUUGAUAGUGCUGAAAAUCUCGGGGAAGUUCUUCGUGGAGAUAGAAUUGAAAACUCCCCAUACGGGUUCUUCAUGAGGGAGCCACAGAUGUGCAAUAUUAUCUGCAAGCUUACUCCUAAUGAGAAACAAGCAAAGGAAUUUAGGGAGAAGAUAGAAGAUGAGUAUAGGGUCAACAUGAUCCUCGAUAAUCUUCCACUGGUUGUACCUAUCAAAAGGCUGGAUCAGGAUUCUUCAACUGUUUACCAGCAGGGCUUCCAUGUUGGAGUCAAAGGCCAAUAUACUGGGAGCAAGGAUGAUAAGUAUUUUAUCCACAAUCAUUUGUCUUUUCUUGUAAAAUACCACAAAGAUGAGCAAACUGACUUUGCAAGGAUAGUAGCCUUCGAAGUUAAACCAUUCAGCGUUAAGCAUGUAUACGAAGGAAAUUGGAAUGGUAACAGAACUCGCCUGAUGACUUGUGACCCUCAUGCAAAGCGCACAGUUUCUAACUCUGACAAUCCACAAGAGGUGGAGGAGAACAAAGAGAUUAUAUUCACAUAUGACGUUGAAUUUCAGGAGAGUGAAAUCAAGUGGGCUUCUCGGUGGGAUUCAUACCUUCUUAUGUCUGAUGACCAAAUUCACUGGUUUUCCAUUGUCAAUUCUCUGAUGAUUGUCCUUUUCCUGUCUGGCAUGGUAGCCAUGAUCAUGCUACGAACCCUCUAUCGGGAUAUUUCGAAGUACAACCAGCUAGAAACUCAAGAAGAAGCUCUAGAGGAAACCGGAUGGAAGCUUGUACAUGGAGAUGUAUUCAGGACUCCAACUAACUCUGACUUACUCUGCGUGUAUGUUGGAACAGGAGUCCAGUUCUUUGGCAUGCUUCUCGUAACCAUGAUUUUUGCUGUUCUUGGCUUCCUCUCACCAUCAAAUAGAGGAGGCUUGAUGAGCGCCAUGCUUUUACUCUGGGUCUUCAUGGGUAUCUUUGCCGGGUAUUCCUCUGCACGGUUGUAUAAGAUGUUCAAGGGUUCAGAAUGGAAGAAAAUUUCCCUGCGGACGGCAUUUAUGUUCCCUGGUGUUGUAUUUGCUAUAUUCUUUGUUCUGAACGCCAUUAUAUGGGGUGAAAAAUCCUCUGGUGCUGUACCCUUCUCCACCAUGUUUGCUCUUGUACUCUUAUGGUUUGGCAUCUCUGUGCCUCUCGUCUUCAUCGGUGGCUACGUGGGAUCUAAGAAGCCUGCGGUUGAAGAUCCCGUGAAAACCAACAAGAUUCCCAGGCAGAUCCCUGAACAGGCUUGGUACAUGAAUCCACUCUUCUCGAUACUGAUAGGUGGAAUUCUUCCAUUUGGAGCAGUAUUUAUUGAGCUCUUCUUCAUUCUGACCUCAAUUUGGCUUCAGCAGUUCUACUACUUAUUCGGUUUUCUGUUCCUUGUCUUCAUCAUCCUUAUUGUCACCUGUGCCGAGAUCACCAUUGUACUCUGCUACUUCCAACUCUGCAGCGAAGAUUACUUGUGGUGGUGGAGAUCCUACCUCACUUCAGGUUCUUCUGCACUUUACCUGUUUCUCUAUGCUGCUUUCUACUUCUUUACAAAGUUGGAGAUAACCAAAAUGGUUUCUGGCAUUCUAUACUUCGGUUACAUGCUUAUUGCUUCCUAUGCCUUUUUUGUGUUAACUGGAACUAUUGGUUUCUAUGCCUGCUUCUGGUUUACAAGGCUGAUCUAUUCAUCCGUUAAGAUUGACUAGUUGCCUGGGCGUUUCUCUAACGGUCGGAAUGUAAGAGCAAAGGUCAUUUCAACAUCUUUUAUUUCUCUUCCAACUCUUCUUGAUUUCUGGAAUAUGGCUAUAGUUUUGAAUUCAGUGGAUGUUUAGUUAAAAAUGUAAGUUUUCUUUCAGCAUUUUGAUUUUUAGGAUGGAUUGCUAUAAUUCAUUCCUUAGGGCUCUUUUUUUUUUUUUUUUUUCUUUGUGAUCAAGAUGAAUGACUAUAAUAUCAACUAUUAGAAAAGUUUUUUUUUUUUAGAUCUUUGA